CCACCUGAAGGCCCCCUUAGAAGCUGUCGUGUUUGGCCCGAAACUGCUGUCUGAGACACCACUGACCACUUGCGAAAAAAGAAAAAAAUCACUUCUGCUGCUGCUGGUGUUGUCUUAUCUCUCGAUACCUCUCUUCUUCGUCUUCUUCCUCCUCGUCUUCGUCCUCUCUUCUGCUCAUCGACCCGAUCCUAACCAGUGGCUUCCACACCGACAUAUUCAAGAUGCCUGCUCCUUACUCUACCGGCGACAAGACCUCCUUUGGCUGGGUCACCGCCCGCGAGCGCUGGCCUGUCAUCAUUACCCAGGCCAUCGACGACCUCUACCGAUCCGUCACGCAGACCAAAGACGCCGAGAAGGAAGCCGAGGGCAAGGCGAUCAUUGAGCAGAUUGCCCGCCUCAAAUACGAGGUCCAACACGACCGGCCGUUAACGCCGAUCGACGACGACGGAUAUCCCGAUGUCAGCAUCUACAAUGAGGAGCUGAAGAAGCUCGGCUCGCCCACAUGGCUCAACGUGCCCUGGCUGUACUGCGAGUGCUACCUGUUCAGACGAAUCAGCACGCACUUUGCCAAGUCCACACACUGGAAGAACUACGACGUCUUUGCGCGCCAGAAGAUCAGCACAUUCCGCUCUUCCCGCCCCGCCGUGCUCGAGCUGGCCUCCAAGUACAAGGAGCUGGUUGAGCAGCUCCAAAAGAACAAGGGCGGCGCCACUCAGGACGACGAGGCCGAGAAGCUCCUCUUCACCGAGAUGUGCGAGAUCUGCCUGUGGGGCAACGCGACGGACUUGUCGCUGCUGACGAGCUUGACGUACGAGGAUAUCCAGAAGCUGCAGGGAUCCGAGGCCCGCAAGGCUUCCGAGAAGAACAUCGUCGCCAACGACCUGCCCGCCGUCUACGACCUGCUGAAGAAGGCCAAGGCCGAAGGCAAGAAGGAGCGCCGCAUCGACAUCGUCCUCGACAACGCCGGCUUCGAGCUCUACGUCGACCUGAUCCUCGCCGGAUACCUCUUGUCGGCCGGCCUGGCGACAAACGUCGUCCUGCACCCCAAGUCGAUCCCGUGGUUCGUUUCCGACGUGCUGCCCGGCGACUUUGCGCAGCUGCUCAGCGCCAUCGCGAACCCCAAGCCCUUUUACGAGACGCCCUCGGAAGACGAGGAGCUCCAGAACAAGACGCCGGAGCCCCUCUCGGACUCGGACGCCGGCAACCUGUCGUUUCUGUUCCAGGAAUGGAGCCAGUUCCACGCCGAGGGGCAGCUCAUCCUCCGACCCAACCGGUUCUGGACGCACCCCGGACCCUUUUGGCAGCUGCCCGAGGAGGCCAAGGACCUCUACGAGGACCUCAAGGCCAGCGAGGUCGUCAUCUUCAAGGGCGAUCUCAACUACCGCAAGCUGACGGGUGAUGCGAAAUGGGACGCCGCGACGCCAUUCACCGAAGCCCUCCAGAACCUCGGCCCCGGGUCCGGCCUCAACAUCUUGGCCCUCCGCACCUGCAAGGCCGACGUGGUCGUCGGUCUCCAGCCCGGCGAAGACGAGAGGCUGCUCGCCACCGAGGGCGGCGGUGGUGACUCUGGCUCGCGUAAGUGGGCGUGGAGCGGCAAGUGGGCUGUCGUGUCCUUCUCAGGCGGCAAAUGAUGUGGAUUUUGUCAUUUCCCCGUGGUUGUUUCUUGUUUCUUCUUUCUAUUCUACAGUUUUUAUAGAGCCCCAAGCAGAUAGACCGACGUUGGGAGAACCUUUGAUACAGGAUUACGAGGCUGGUUGUUUUUGUCCAUAUCAGUCUAAUGCUGGUGUCCUUCAAUCUCCACAAGCCAGUCGCCACUAAAAUAUGCUCUUUGCCAAAGUACAAGGCUGGUUAGUUGCUGUCCAUACCAGUCUGAUGGUGCCUGUCUUUGACUCUUUUACGCCAAUUGUAAC